CUUUCCCGCCCGUGGUCCGCUGCGCCACUUCCGCCGCACCGGCCGCGAUGCCGUCCAGGUUGUGGUGGCUGGUGCUCUGGCUGCAGCCCCUGGCUACAUUGCCAGCAGGCGCGGUGCGCGACGAGGAGGCAGCGAUGUCAGUUCCCAGAUGUAAAUCUCUGAAGGAAAUGGACUUAAUUAAAACUUCUAUGUCAGACUGCUAUUGCUACAAUCAACAUUCACAAAUCCAGUGGACUCACGUGUGGUCAACUGUGCAGGUGACAGUAACCAGCCCGGGCCUGCUCAAUAUUGUAUAUAUCACAGGAAGUCAUAAUUGCCAGCACACAGAAAGCAUUUUAUCAUUUAUCAAAUGUGUGACUCAUAACUUUUGGGCACCAGAGGAGGCUAAGGAGAUAACCAUAAUCUUCAGUCCAUAUGGAGAAACUGUGUGCUUCUCUGUGAAGCCUGUCGGGAGGUUACUUCCCUACACAGUAAGCGUGAAUCGAAACAUUGUGGAUUUCAAACUCUUCCUUGUGUUUGUGACAGGCAUUUUCCUUUUCUUUUACGCAAAGACCUUGAGCCAAAGCCCUGUUUUCUAUUACUCUUCGGGUACCGUGUUAGGUAUCCUAAUGACAUUAGUCUUUGUCCUUCUGAUGGCUAAGAAACACAUCCCAAAGUAUAGCACAUUUGGGGCGCUAAUGAUUGGUUGUUGGUUUGCUUCAGUUUAUGUUCUAUGCCAGUUGAUGGAAGAUCUGAAGUGGCUGUGGUAUGGAAACAGAAUGUAUGUAUUAGGCUAUGUCUUGGUUGUUGGACUUUGUAGCUUUGCCGCCUGUUACAGUCACGGGCCUCUUGCUGAUGAGGGGAGCAGAGACCUUCUCACGUGGACACUGAGAUUCCUCUCCCUGGUUCUGGUCUAUACUGGUGUGGCCGCGCCUCAGUUUGCCUAUGCUGUUUUGACCCUCCUUCUGUUCUCCUGGAGUCUGCACUAUCUACUGAGAGCGUUCAGCUAUCUGAGGUGGAAAAUGAGGCCGUGGUUCCCAGCAGAACCUCAGGUGGCGAGGCACCUCACGGACGACGAGUACAGGGAACAAGCUGAAGCUGAAACAGCCAGCGCUCUCGAGGAACUACGCCAAGCCUGCUGCAGGCCUGACUUCCCUUCCUGGCUGGCUGUCUCCAGACUCCAGGCUCCUAAAAAGUUUGCAGAGUUUGUUCUCGGAGCCAGCCACCUGUCACCAGAGGAAGUCAGCACACAUGAAAAACAGUAUGGCCUUGGAGGGGCCUUCUUGGAAGAGCAGCUCUUUAGCCUGCAGACUGACAGUCUACCUGCAUGUUGACUUCACUCUGAACAGGAAUGCAAGUAAAAGGCCAAGAUCCUACUCCAGCUGGGUGGGACCCAUGCACCUCAGAGAAAAAUCAAGCCAUGCAAAUAAGGAAAAACUCUUUUGCAUUUGUGCAAGAGAGCUUUGCCGUGGUGGUGUAAAGGCUGAAAGUGUCAUUGCCACAUGCCCUGAAUGAAGACCUUCACGGAAACAGUGCAAACCUGUUCUUUAGGACCAGUGAACAGAACCUGCUACCUUCCCUUCACCGGACACUAACUCCCUUCUGGAUGCCCAGGAGCUGGCCCAAAAGGCUGCGUUAUUGCCCUCCGUCAUUCCCCUCCCCCAUACCGGUUCCCCAGUAUCAGUGCUUUCUAAGGUGCCAUUCACAUGGUAGUAGGAAGUGCUGUUGAAAGAAUUCUGAUGCUGGCUGUGGUUAACUCAGAGUCAUACAUUCUGCAGGCUCCUCGGUCUUUAAUGUUACAAAGGCAUUGUGGGUCUCCUAAAAGGCAGACAUCAUGCACAGGGCUUCUAACUUACUAACCACAAACCAUUUUUCAUGAGACUUAUAAUCUUUAGAACUCAUGUUUGGAAAUGCUAUUGAUGGUGGAAUUUAGGUUUGAGAGUUAGAACAAAAGCGUCGUCAGCAGCCUUGGCAGUCCCUGGUGCAUCUGGACUCAGGUAUAAACUUCUUCCCAUGCAGGCUCAGGGCUGUCUCCCUAUAGCCUUGGUCUCGAGGUGGUGCCCCAAGGUUUUUUGUUGUUGUUGUUUUUGUUUAGUUUUAAUAACUGUGACUAAAAAGAAACAUUUCUUAGGCUUAUAUUUGGUGUUUUGACAGGAUUUUAUAUGCAGACAUAUUAAAAAUGAUUUUUGUACUUUUUAUAUAUGAAAUUGAAAGUAUGGAAGCAUUUGUGACAUUUUGAGAUUUAUUUUUUUAAAACUGAUUAUAUAUGUCUACAAUUAAUACCCACUAAAUAGAUUUGUGAUAUCUCGUUUUGUUUUGUUUUGUUUUGCUUGUUUAGUGAGAGCAAAUGUUUGUUUCUUGAUCCAUGAUAAACUUCAGGAUUAAAUGAAUGACAAACUGGGCUUUGGGCCCAAGGAAAGGGGCAGAAAUAGCCUUAAGAGUUGGCUGUGGCGGACAUUCUGUGAACAGGUCGCUGCUUGAUCCUCUGAGAAUGAAAGUCAGCUUGUUUUAUCUUAUGUACUGUAAUGAUUAAACAACAGCAAAAACACAAAGCAUGAGAGAGGAGGAGGGGGACAAGACACAGACUUGGUCACUGUCAUCCCCUGAGAGUGAUGCUGACUUUGGAACUUUCUAUAGUCACUCUCAAAUGAUGCUCUCUCUUUGAAGCUCCAUGUCAGUGUUUCUGCCUCUGCUUUUUGACAGACAUAUGUAGUGAUAUCAGGAGUCUUUUUCCUUUUCUUAGAAACCUCACUCAGGUCAAUCUGUGCCUUUACGUGUUGACUUUAAAACGUCAAAGAAUGGGGUCUGGAGAGAUGGCUCAGUGGCUAAAAAGAGCCUUACAGAGGAUUUGAGUUCCGUCCUCGGCAUGAGUGACAUGGCAGCUUGCAGCCAUCAUAACUCUAGUGCCAUACCUUCCUCUGAGUUUGCAUGCACAUAAACACAGGCAUGAACACUUGUGUGUAACAAUGUGCUUCUAUUCAUUUUGGCAACUAUUUUGCAAAAAUAGACAGGAGUUGUAACAUUUUGCCACAGCUUAAUCUGGUUUUCUUUUUCAGUAACUUUAUUUAUGGGUGUUGUAUGUAACAGGUCAGUUGUAUCAGUGCUUGUGCAUUGCCAUGUUCACCUCUCACUACGCAGCUUGUCUAGUAUAGAAUGUGUUUGUGUGUGACUGACAUGUUAGCACCCCCUGAGCCACCAGGACAGCCCCACGGUUGGGACUUCACUGUGAAGCUGCAGCUCCCAGCACCAGCAAGCCGGUGUACCCACAAUGAAGACAGUGGCCAUCUUUCGGGAUGGCUGCUUUGCAUGUUUAUUUCUGGAAAGAAUCAUGGAUCUGUCAGAUUGUUCUGUGAGAGCUGUGAGAAGCUAAACAAUUAAAACAUUUCUGGUGAAAUGUU